AUGUUUGUCCCUAAAGAUCCAAACAAAAAGCCAUCUGGUCCCGCUGCUCCCGCCCUAAAAUCUCCUCGAACCGCUCGAUUUGCAGAAGUUACAACCUUCCACUCUCCUAUUGACCCACCUGGAAAAUCUUCCUUCGCGGAUCCACCGUCCAUGUCCCAAACAAACCAACAAACCCAGGUCUCCGACCUAGGGUUUGGUUAUAUGGCAGACAAUCAACCUGAUCACGCCACAGAACAACCCCAGACGGCAGCAGGUCGAAAUCCACCAAACUCCCCCUUAAAGAGCGCCCUCAAGUCUCCUGGUGCCCCUGCACGUUCGGUCUUGCUCAGUCCUACUUUUCGUGAAGAACAGAUCCUUGAGCAUCAUGAGAGGGACACGGAGAAAGCAAAUGCUAAAGAUCUUAAAAUUAAAACACGCGUACGCCUAGCUAAGGUCUUGCUGCGUGGUGUCAGCUUUAGCUGCAGUCUGAUCGUUCUUGCUUUAGUCGCCUCUACUUUCGCAAUAUUUAAUGCCACCCGGGGCCUGGCACAAAAAAAUUCCUUCACUCCUUGGGCACCAAACACUCCUGUAUGGCCUCAAAUCCUCUUGCUUUGUAUUGCGUCCGUGUCUCUCUUGCUUAGCGUUGGUGUUAUCUACGGAUACUGCCGUGGUGGCCACAAACGGGCAGAAAAAGUAGCCGUUUACUACACUGUAUUUGCUGUGAUGCUUUUCAUCGUGACGCUGGUUAUGUGGGUUGUCGGUGCAGCUGUAUUACAAAACAGCAGAAACUCUUCGUCAAACAAAGACAUAUGGGGUUGGGCUUGCAACCCAGGAACCCGCAGGGACAUCUACCAAGACCAAGUUGACUAUGAGCUUAUCUGUCGUAUGCAGGAUUGGUCCCUUGUAUGCUGUGUCAUUGAGGUUGUCAUUGAAGUGCUUGUCAUCGGUAUCUACGCUGUGAUCUUCUACCGCUUCUACUCCAAGCGCAAGCUACGCAAAUCUAUGGACAUGCGUGACAAAGCACGCUCCGAUCUUUACCUCGCCCAUUUGCGAAGCCAGUCUGCCCCAAAUACCCCGGGGUUUUCAAAGUAUCAUCCAGGGUCGCCACCGAUGAGCCCUGCCCCAAAGAAGGGAGAUUACUAUGCGUCCGCCGAGGAGGGCUACUCUACGCAAUAUGCCACCCCCCAAACCCCGGAAUCCACGUACGUGGGUACGACCCGACCUUUCCAACUCCGCCCACCUCCAAUCCGCGUCCAAGAUGCCACGCCCAAAAUUUCGCAAGAUGGCUUCAACAUUCCCAUGUCCCCCGCCACCAUCGAGCGCAGGAACGAACACGUCGAUGCCGCACCCGGCGAACAGAAAUACGAAAGUGUACCCAUUCCCGGUUCUUACGCCAUGCCUCUCACGAGCCCUUCAUUCGCCCCUGAGACACGAGGCAGUGACGUGAUCCCCGGGAUGGCAGUGACAGCAGCAGAACGCAUCGUGCCGUCUCGCAACUCUUAA